AUGGCCGGCUCGUGGCUCUGCCCCUGGUGGUCCUGGUGCCUCACCGAGGACGAGAAGGCGGCCGCCAGGAUCGACCGGGAGAUCAACAAAAUCCUCAUGGAGCAGAAGAAGAGAGACCGGGGGGAGCUGAAGCUGCUCCUGCUGGGCACAGGAGAGAGCGGGAAGAGCACAUUCAUUAAGCAGAUGCGCAUCAUCCAUGGGGCAGGCUACUCAGAGGAGGACCGCAGGGGCUUUGCCCCGCUCGUGUACCGGAACAUCUUUGCCUCCAUGCAGACCCUGAUCGAGGCCAUGGACCACCUGCAGAUCGCUUACCACAGACAGGAGAACAAGCACCAUGCCCUCUUGGUCAUGAGCAUUGACGCCUACAAGGUCGUGACUUUCGACAAGCCGUAUGCCAACGCCAUCAAGAGGCUAUGGAAGGACGCAGGGAUCCGGGCCUGUUAUGAGAGACGCCGCGAAUUUCACCUCCUGGACUCAGCCGUAUAUUACCUGUCCAACUUGGAGCGCAUCACGGAGGACGACUACAUCCCCACGGCCCAGGAUGUUCUCAGGAGCCGCAUGCCCACCACGGGUAUCAACGAGUACUGCUUCUCCGUCCAGAAGACCAACCUGAGGAUCGUGGAUGUCGGGGGCCAGAAGUCAGAACGCAAGAAAUGGAUUCACUGCUUUGAGAACGUCAUCGCCCUCAUCUACCUGGCCUCCCUCAGCGAGUACGACCAGUGCCUUGAGGAGAAUAACCAGGAGAACCGGAUGAAGGAGAGCCUGGCUUUGUUUGGCACCAUCCUGGAACUGCCGUGGUUUAAGAGCACGUCUGUCAUCCUCUUCCUCAACAAGACAGACAUCCUGGAAGAGAAGAUCCCAUCCUCAGAUCUGGCCACAUAUUUCCCCAGUUUCCCUGGCCCCAAGCAGGACAUAGAGGCCGCAAAGCGCUUCAUCCUGGACAUGUACACAGAGAUAUACAUGGGCUGCUCCUCGCGGGACGAGAACAAGGGCCCAGUCAAGAAGUUCUCCAAGUCUCGGCGUCUCUUCAGCCACUACACCUGUGCCACGGACACCCAGAACAUCCGCAAGGUCUUCAAGGAUGUCCGGGACUCGGUCCUGGCCCGCUACUUAGAUGAGAUCAAUCUGCUGUGACUCAGGCCCUCUGAGAGAGCAGCUGU